UAUUCGGACUGCAGGCUGUGAGCGUCAAUAUUACGGAUAUAAAAAUCGAAGAAAUCAUUUAAUCCAAAUCGGAAUGCGUUAUUUAAAAUGAAAACUGAUAUAAAUCCACAGUAUUAACAGGCAGGAGCUUCCUCCUCUACACCAGUCUCGGUUACUCCACAGGAGAAUGAGAAAGCAUGUGGAUGAACUUGCUCUUGUAGGGUAAGUCGGGUCAGAAUUCAGCAUGUGCGUCCGGAGUCCACAUAAUGAUGAUGAUAACGUUUCAGUUUCAUUCCGAUGACAGGACAGCGAUGCAGCUCAACAGCGCAAUAAUCAGGGUUGUUUUUGCAUCUUUCUCUGUCCGUUCAAACAUGGCCAUCAAUAUGACUGAAUUUACAGCUUGGAAAUUCUUCCUGUGUCUAUUCAAGGGCACGCAUAGUUCAUGCUAUCCUUGCCUAAAUAUUUGUUUGUAAACUGGGUAAAAUAGGUUACUGCAACGCACAGAGACACAGGUUGCGCCUCAGUGUGUUUUUAAAUACAAUGUCGCCAUCUAGUGGAAUGACUGUUUUCACUAAUCCUACAGACAAACAUCUCUAACAGAGGGGUUCCCAAACUUUUUCAUUAAAGGACACCCUAGAGAGAUAUAAUCUAUCUUCCGCCAGAAACAUUUUAUAGUGAAAUAUGAGAAAAGAAACGCAUUAGUUUUCUUGUCAUACAGCAGAGAGAAUUUUUUUUUUUCCCCAUGCAAGUGUGAUUCAAUAGUUAAUUUUGGGAAGGUUUUGUCAGAAUGGUAAAUUGAGUUUGUGAGUCUUUAUGCUUACCAAACAAUGUUUUUCACAACCCACGGUGAAAAUAGGUCCGUCCGAAUAGGGCUUUAGACUACGAGUUACACUACAUUGAAAACUAUCAAAUGAGCACAAUAAUUUCAGUAUAUUAUGCUAGGCAUUAUCCUAAAUCCAUUAGAACUUAAUCGAUAAAGAUUUCUGGCCAGUGUAGACAUUCCGCUUCGAACCUUCGAUUCUUCCCUUUUUAUGUUCACAUUAUUAAAUUGAACCGAAGAUGAAAGUGAUAUUAAGUAAGGGAUAAUGCCCUGUCAUCAGCUCAUUAUCGCAAAAUGUUCCCAGACUCAAAUCAGAGUCUUGUGUGGCCUUGAAAGUGUUUAUUUUGCAGUAAUGACCGGAUGACUGCAAAUUAUCCUGCUUAUACGGCUACUUGCCAAAUAAAUAAAUGGACAUGAAAUAUUGAUUUGGGUUGAAAUUAUAUUAUGUAAGAAUGAAAAAUGCAGAGUAGUGCGAGGGAAAUCGGUUACCAUCCACAACAAUUCUACAGUUGAGCUUUAAUCGAUUGGCCAGAAUCAAGUAUUCCUAAUAAAGGAAAUAUUUUCUUUCCAUAAUUCAACAAUUAUAAUUUCUAAUGUAUACUAGAAGUUGCAUGUUAUUUUUGUUUAUAUAUCUUUUUUUAAUAUAUUUCCGCAUUUACAAUCCCUAUAUGUAUAAUUUACUAAUAACUGUGCAGAAGUACAGAUAUUUGAGUAAAAAGAGGUCAGGGACACACUUCACCUGCGUUACACAAUUUGUACCACUAGAUGGCGCUACGUAUCUUACCCACGGGUUAAAAAAAACUGAAGAAGCUGCAGCUAUGAGGGAUUGUUGAACAAAUAAGAUGAAUUGUGCUUAUUCAAUAUCUUACGUUUAAAACUUUACACACGUUGUGAAACUGAAUUCCGUUGCAUUGACAACAGCUACGUGAAUAUUAUCCAAACACCUCUUUUUCAAAAACUACCACAUAAAAACAGGACAUGAUAGGGAAAACGAAUGCCACAAGACAGGGCUUGAAAUGAGUUAUUUUGGCAACUUACUCACGAUAUAAUUUAAUAAAUGAACCAACAUUUCAAAGCUGCUAAAGCACCUUUUUACCUACGACGCUGCUCAAGUUUCUUAUACGGCAAUGUACUGUUAAGAUAAAAACAAAUAUUCUGUUGAUUAUGAUUUCAUAUGCAAAUGUCACAUGUAGCCUUACAUUAUGGGUAAGAUGCGUUUGGAUAGUGAGUAGCCUAGAAGCACGCACUGAAAUGUUACAAGAAAUAAGCGUAUUUUUUAAUAUGCAUGUAAUUUGUAUUCAAGUUCGGCUAAUUCCUUCACGAGUCUUCUAAGAAGUGCCAUGCCUCUUUAAGAACUGCGAAAGAAGUCCAGCUCUGUCCAUUAGGUUUAUUGUUGCCAGCUCAGCCAAUCAUUGAAUCUUACGACACAAUAGAGUGGCCAAAGUUGCAGUAUAAAAAGCCUUGCCGAAUUUAAGCAUGACAUCUACUUGUCCGGUGCGUGGUGAGGUUCAUUUCCAUAGCAAAUCAGAUCAAACAUCCUUUAACACGCUUUGGAACAUGCAUUUUACACAGGUUUUAAUUUCUCUAAGUGUAUUAAUUGCAUGCGGUUCAAUGGGUCAUGGAGAUAUAACGGCGCACCAGCAGCCUUCCACAGCCACGGAGGAAAGCGAGCAGUGUUCCACAUGUGAGUUCAGACAACACAGCAAGCUGAUGAGACUGCAUGCCAUCAAGUCCCAAAUUCUUAGCAAACUCCGACUCAAACAGGCUCCAAAUAUUAGCCGGGACGUGGUCAAGCAGCUGUUACCCAAAGCACCGCCUUUGCAACAACUUCUGGAUCAGUACGAUGUUCUGGGGGAUGACAGUAAGGAUGGAGCUAUGGAAGAGGAUGAUGAACAUGCCACCACAGAGACCAUCAUGACCAUGGCCGCAGAGCCUGACCCCAUCGUUCAAGUAGAUCGGAAGCCGAAGUGUUGUUUUUUCUCCUUCAGUCCGAAGAUCCAAGCGAACCGGAUCGUAAAAGCGCAGCUCUGGGUUCAUCUGAGACCGGCGGAAGAAGCGACCACCGUCUUCUUACAGAUAUCACGGCUGAUGCCUGUUACGGACGGAGGAAGGCACAUACGAAUACGAUCCCUGAAGAUCGAUGUGAACGCAGGAGUGACGUCUUGGCAGAGUAUAGACGUAAAACAGGUGCUCGCGGUGUGGUUAAGACAACCGGAGACCAACUGGGGCAUUGAGAUAAACGCGUAUGACGCGAAGGGAAACGACUUGGCCGUCACCUCAGCUGAGCCUGGAGAGGAUGGACUGCUCCCCUUCAUGGAGGUGAAAAUCUCGGAGGGCCCAAAGCGAAUCCGGAGGGACUCUGGGCUGGACUGCGAUGAGAAUUCGUCAGAGUCUCGAUGCUGCAGGUACCCUCUCACUGUAGACUUCGAGGACUUCGGCUGGGACUGGAUUAUUGCUCCAAAACGCUAUAAGGCGAAUUACUGUUCAGGAGAAUGCGACUACAUGCACCUGCAGAAAUAUCCCCACACCCAUCUGGUGAACAAGGCCAAUCCGCGAGGCACCGCCGGGCCCUGCUGCACCCCCACCAAGAUGUCUCCCAUCAACAUGCUUUACUUCAACGGCAAAGAGCAGAUAAUCUACGGCAAGAUCCCCUCAAUGGUAGUAGACCGCUGUGGCUGCUCGUGAACCAGUGCCCAGACAGGACUCGAUCCAUCUCACAGACCCGGACAUCUGAUCACACCAUCCACCAUCCAUUAUCAGUGCUUUCCGCAAGACACUGUGCAAUAGAAGGACGCUCACUCACUCUCUGGGCACCGCUUCAUUUGACUAUGUUUUUUGUCAUUUUCCUCUAAAUCAGUAUCUCUGCCACAGGAGUCCAAUGUUACAUGGAUGUACUAAAGGAAUGUCAUAUACUGGCUGGACUUGGGAAUGGACACUUUUGAAAUGGACGACAUUCUCUGCUUUAUUUCAUGUUUUCACCUUGUCAGAAUACUCUCGUUAGGAUACGCAGACAACAUUGUAUUACGCAACCACUCCAAAAUACAAUCAUUUAGAUCUUUGCUGUAACAGCUGAGCUUGUUUAAGAAGAGUAUCCAAGAGAAACAGAGAGGGACUCUUGAACAUUGAACAGAGCUUGAAUACAGUUAUCUGACGCAAACUUCCACAUACACUGCAAUAAACACACCGAUCGAAUUGUUAAUCGUAGCUUUUGUCCACUACUCAUCUGUCAAACAGCCCUACACACUUGAAGUAUUAUUGAGAUCGGCAUUAGGGGACAGAAGGACUUGAAGCAAAGGCGCUGUGAAUGCGGUCUAUACAUUGAAAUGUGUUCGAGACAGAGACGUCGGAACUGUAAGAAUGAAUGUUAAUAUCACGCUAACACUCUGUCUUCAAACCACACAGUUUGCACUAUGGCAGACCAAUAGAAAGAAUUGGUUGCUAAAAAUGUUGUAAAAACUGAUUUUGAUAUGUUUGCUAAUUGUAUUGUAUACUUGCCAUUGUUUCCAUUAACAGUUGCCUUUUUUAACCACGGUUAGUACAUGUAUAUGAACACGAAAUAGCAAAAAAGUGUACAAUAUAAAUCUAUGUAUCUGUUCAAACAAAUAAAGGUGCUUGCUUUAUA